UUUCUUCAGGAAUCUAAAAUAGAAUCUUAAUACCAAAAGGUAAAUAUACAAAAUCGAGCAGUUUAAUUUAAUGGUGAGUUUUUGACUUUUUUCCUUGUUUUCUUUAGAGUUUAAGACAUAUAUUAUAUAAGUUGUUUGGUUCUAAAUCAUAUGCUAAGUUAUGCAAAAUGCAAUGAGUCAUACUUUGGAAUGAUUAGUUCUAUGUGUCACAAACGCUAAACUAAAAACUGUCCAUGGAUUUUCGUGUCAGCAAUCAGCUUUCUGAACCUAUAAGUUUAACAGAGUAAUUCAGACGGGUUCGUUGCAUAGAUGGCAACUGCAAAAGAAGACGGCGGAACAUCUUCUAGAAAGAAACAAUGUAAAGCGUUCACGUGGUGUAUUUUUAUCUGUAGUUUGGCCGCCAUACUUUUUAUUUUUUACGAAUACCACUUCAGUAGAAGUAACGGAAGCAAAGAUCUUAUAAUAACAUCAAUGGACAAGGAUCAUCUCAAAGUUGUUAAUACUUUCGUGGAAAAGUUUCGAGAGGAAGCGAAAGAGUAUUCAAAGGAUUCGUCAUUAUGGAAGAAAAUGUCGGCCAUGGUGAAAACGGAAUCGAAUGAUCAAUACAAACUAGUACUCUUAUAUACGGGAUUUUUCGGUCAUUUCCCGUGGGGGUGGUUGAGAGAUACGACUGCUCUAAACCAAUGGGAUGGCAUGACGUGCCCUCAUUAUCAUUGCACUUUAACUUAUGAUAAAAAAGAUUUUAAGAAAGCGGAUGCUGUUAUAUUCCAUGCACAAGACAUGGUGUCACGAUCAGAGCUGAAUGCGUUACAACUCUCACGAACAGCCAAUCAGAGAUGGAUAUUCUUUCCUACCGAAAGUCCUCAAAAUGUCCCAGAAAGCCACAUGAUAAAUGGAUUAUUCAACUGGACGAUGUCUUACAGGAGAGAUUCAGAUAUAUUCCGUCCGUACGGAUACUUCUACCCAAGGAGUAAGAAGAGAACUACAGAAGAAAAAGACGCGUUCUUAGAGUAUUUAGAAAGUAAGGAUCUUCUUGUUGUAUGGCUGUGUAGUCAUGCUGGAGCGCUCAGAGAUAAAUACGUGCGGAGACUUCGAACUUUCAUAAAGAUAUAUGUCUAUGGUAAAACUGGAGCUCGUGUAGGGGGCAUUUCAGGAAAAUGCCUGCAAGAUUCCCCCGAUUGCAAGAAGCAUCUCAAAAGGUUUAAAUUUCUUCUUGCUUUUGAAAACUCUUUCUGUACAGAUUACGUCACGGAGAAGUACUGGUUUUGUCUUGAAAUGGGAAUAGUACCUGUCGUAAUGGGUGGCGCUGAAUACGACAAAAUUGCGAUUCCCGGCUCUUAUAUCAAUGUCAAGGACUUUCCAACCAUCAAAGCUUUGGCAGAUUACCUUCAGCAUUUAGAUUUGAACGAUAAGGAAUAUAACAAGUACUUUGAAUGGAAGGAAAAGUAUAAGGUUGUGAUUGACGCGCCUUGGACGUGCCAGCUUUGUGCGAGGUUAAAUAUUGACCAUAAGAAAAAAGUCUACAACGGUCUUGAAUAUUACUGGGGUGCUGCCCAACAAUGUGGAAUUAAAGAAGAUGUUAUCAAGAAGAUUAUUGCGAAACAACCAUGGGGAAAAACGAGUAUGUCUAGCUAGUGAGAUACUGAACUAUAUUGAUGGGUUGCAAGCAUUCCCAAGAGAGUCAAAAGACAAAAGCAUGGCGGCAUUGUGGUGCCGUUAACAAAGGAUGCUAAUAAUGACUCUUUUGUUAAAUGGCACCAACGCUCCCCCGAGAUGCCGCGAUGACGUAACGUGCAAUCGAAGAAUAGGUGGGAAUAUUGUUUACAAACAUUGGCAUUGUGGUUUUAAUGUGCCAACCAUUUCAACAAUAGGUUUUGUCACUUUGAGAAUAUUGCUCUCCACUAUUGUAUAGGAACUUUAUCGUAAAGUCCUUCCAUGACAGUGUUGGAAAAGACAUUUUUCAAGGAUAUGUGCCUAUGGAAUGUCAUGGAUUCACCCUAUAGGCCGGCCUUUCCCACACAGCAACCAUGUUGACCGGAAUAGGUUUUCUCACGCGUAGCCUCGUAUUUAAGUGCUUGAAAAUAAAUAAAUGUAUGCGGGUUAAACAGAGGUUUUUAUCCUCAUCUGAAUUACACAUGGCUUUUACGUGAGACAGGCCAAUUGAUGAUCACUAUAACUUGUUUUUCACAGCUAUAAACGCGUCAUCGAAAGACAUGAAGUGAAGUGGUUAGUAUUUCCAUUUAUUGAUCCCAUUAGUUUUACAUUAUUAGUAAAUUCAAUUAUUAAAUAUUGAUUAUACGUCGGAUAAUAUGGUGGACAACGUUGGAAUAUAUAUAAGUAUAGAAAGAAAGAAAAAUCCUACAUCUUUUGCAGUAAUCAUGGAAUAUACAUUGCGUUUCGUGUGCUGAUAGUCCAGAAAUAGCAAUUUUCAUGUACCAUCUAUCAUUGCAAGCUCACCGUUCGUCUCGCUUCGAUGCAAAGGCAAGGCUACCUUUCAAGAUGACGCUGGGAACUGUGAAGGCGACUAUUGGGUACUCCCAUUAGCAACCUCUAACAAAACCGGAAGUAUUUUUACUGGAAAAAAUAAAGUCUCAAAAAUCACGAAAAAGAUCAGCAAAUCAAAUCGAAUGUUUUGUGUUGUUUGGUAUAUAACGAAACACUUAUUGACUGACACCUCGCUAGCUAAAGCAAAGAGUCCAUUUUGUGUGUGGUUAUUUCUUCGUAUGACAUGUCGUCAUAGUCUACGGACCCAUGGUCGUCUCAGGACCAUGAAGUACACUGUUUCUACACUGUUUGGUCUAAGUGUUAACUAUUAAUUAAUAGAAAGAUAUUUAGAGCGAUCCUCAUAUUUAGAAUUCUACGUCACUUGGACUCGUCAGCGACAAAUUAACUACCAGCUAUACUAGUAAACUAUCCCAAAUAGGUCAGAUGGCAUUUUGGGUGAUUUCAUAACUACAAUUCUCCCAGAUCUCUUCCAGCAUGAUUUGACCGAGAGAGACUAUUUCAAGACUAUUUUGAAAUAGACUAUAAAGAUUUUAAAUAAUGUAAAAUACAAAGUAAAAAAUAAAAUUCAAUCACAGAAACAACUGCGAUUAUUGAGUUUCCUCCCUUGAAGUUUAUAACAGUUUUUUAUGAAACAAAUUAAUUAGCAAUUAUUGGGCUGCCUGUGUGUAUGUGACGUCACAACCGCCAUUUUGAGAGAAGACUUAUCGCGUUAAUGGGUUUUUAGUAAAUCAGCCAACUAGGCGACCAAUGGCCAAUGAAUUCAUCGAUUUGAAAUGGUGUAAACAUUUAAAUGUCAUCUAAGUUACC